AUGGGAUGUUCAAAAGAAUAUUCAAAUAGAGUAUGGAUUAAAUUAGUUUUUUUGAAAAAUAAUUAUCUUUGGAUUGAUUCACAUGAAAUGUUUUCCAGUCAAGUAAAACCACGAACUAUGUCUUCAAUAACAGGAGAAAUACCACAUCAUACUCGAUUUAUUCGAAUUGAACUUCAUACAAAUAUUAGUGAUGCAUCAACAUUCUGUGUUAUUCAUAAUAUUAAACUAAAUAUAUUCUAUGCAAAACAUUAA